AUAAAAACGUAACCGCAGUUGGCUGUAAUCAUUCUGUAGCGAGUCUUCAGGAGAACAAAUCAAACAUGUCUACCUUCGCCUUCCUCCUUCUCUGCAUGCAGGCUUGCCUCAUCCAGAAUGUGUACAGCGCUUGCCUUGGUGCUGGUCUCGGCUACGGCUACGGAGGUCUCGGCUAUGGAGGAUGUGGUUUAGGCGGCAUCGGUUACGCCGGUCUCGGCUAUGGCGCUCUUGGCUAUGACGGAUUUGGCUACGGCGGCCUUGGUUACGGCGCCUUUGGUUACGGCGGCUACGGCUAUGACGGCAUCGGAGCUGGUUACGGUGGUGCUGGUGUUGGUAACGUGGCCGUCGCCGGUGAGCUGCCCGUGGCUGGUACCACCGCCGUCGCCGGACAAGUGCCCAUCAUCGGCGCCGUGGAGUUCGGCGGUACCGCGGCUGCUGCUGGUGCUGUCUCCAUCGCUGGACGUUGCGGCUGCGGCUGUGGUGGACCCUACGUCUACUGAACAUGUUUCACGAACAAAAACGUAAAAGAUCACUGUAAACAUCUAUUUGGCGAAAUAAAUACUAAUGCUGAAUGUGCCUAA